AUGCAACAUGCAUCGAAAAGUGCACUUGUAGUAGCAGGUUGGCAUCGAAUGAGCUAUACCUUUGCUGAUCAAUCUUACAUCUCAGCAGAGCUUGAGAGGCACAUUCGCAAACUUCAUGCCAUCGUUGGAAAUGCCGUGACUGGAGGAAGAUACAUUGUUUUUGGUGCUGGCUCAACCCAACUUCUCAAUGCUGCAGUUCAUGCACUGUCUUCCCAUAAUUCAAGCUCCUUCUCCUCGCCUGCAAGUGUUGUAGCUUCAAUUCCUUAUUACAAUGUGGGAUCCUAA